AUGUCCCCUGCCGCGCAGUACCGUCCCGCCUCUGCACUUUACUGCGGUCUAUGCGCUGAAGACGCACACAAAACGGAAAGUGUAGCCGCGCACUUCAUUGAGCAACAAACACGAAGACCACAACGCAGUCGGUGGCGCCCCUCUCACCUCGCUCGUCCCCUCGUGUCUCUUUUUCGCGCUGGAUACGUGUGUUUCUGUCUUCUUCAUUCGCCUGAACUCGCGAACACGUGUCUGGUCUUUUGCCUCUCUGCAGGAAAGGGCGGAAAGAACCGCCGGAGGGGGAAGAACGACAAUGAAGGAGAGAAGCGUGAACUCCAGUACAAGGAGGAUGGACAGGAGUACGGUCAGGUUCUGCGCAUGCUGGGCAAUGGACGCCUGGAGGCCUACUGCUUCGAUGGCGUGAAACGCCUCUGCCACAUUCGCGGCAAGAUGAGGAAGCGCGUUUGGGUGAACAGCGGAGACAUCGUUCUCGUCUCGCUGCGCGACUUCCAGAACGACAAAGGCGACGUCAUUGCCAAAUACAACCCCGACGAGGCUCGGCUGCUGAAGCAGUACGGCGAGCUUCCAGCCAACGCGAAGAUCAACGAGAGCGACGUUUUCGGCGACGAAGACGGCGGAGGUGGAGGCAUCGACUUCCAGGAGGACUCCGAUGUUUCGGAAGAGAGCUCUGACGAGGAAGACGGUGGAAAGAAGAACAAAGAUAUGGAUAUCGAUGAUGUAAGUUUCGGGAGGGCGGGGAACGGGGCAGCUUCUUCAGCCGUGAGAGCCCCGUGA